GGGUAGUGGGAGUUGUGGUGGAGGGGCUACGGGGCGUGUGUGACUACUGUGGAUGGAGGCUGGGGUCCUGCCCCUGUUGACAGUAAGCUACCAGAGGACAGACCUGUUUCCUUUGCCCUGACUCAAGUUCUGCUAGGGCGGUGUCCAAGCCUGGGUGGCCGGUUGAUUGACAGCGCAGGCUGGGGGUGCGGCACCUUUAAGGGCAGUGUUGAGGGCGGAGAAUCCGACAGAGUCUGCGCAGUGGCGGCGCCAGCGGCAGCUGCGGCGGCUGCGGCUGUGGGUUCACUUCCAGGUUCCGCCAAAGCUGAAGCAGAGGAGGCUGGGCCGGGUCCGGGGCCGCCUCCUCGCGGAGCAGCCGCCGCCUCCGGGAGCCUCCUGAGGGACCGCCACCAGCGUGGGACGUAGGGCCGAGGACAGGACCCAAGCGAGCCCGGCGCAGCCAUGGAGGAAGCAUCUCCCUUUUCCUUAUUGGAUAUUUGCUUGAAUUUCCUGACCACUCACUUGGAGAAAUUCUGUUCAGAAAGACAAGAUGGAACGCUGUGCCUGCAGGAACCAGGCAUGUUCCCCCAAGAAGUGGCUGAUAGACUUCUCCAGACAAUGGCCUUACAUGGCCUGCUAAAUGAUGGCACUGUGGGAAUUUUCCGAGGCAACCAAAUGCGCUUGAAGCGAGCAUGUAUCCGCAAAGCAAAGAUCUCUGCUGUAGCUUUCCGGAAAGCCUUUUGCCACCAUAAGUUGGUGGAACUUGAUGCCACUGGUGUGAAUGCCGACAUCACCAUCACAGAUAUCAUUAGUGGGCUUGGCAGUAACAAAUGGAUUCAGCAGAAUCUGCAGUGCCUGGUGCUGAACUCGCUCACCCUUUCCCUGGAAGAUCCAUAUGAAAGGUGCUUCAGCCAGCUGUCUGGGCUUCGGGCUUUGAGCAUUACCAACGUCCUCUUCUACAAUGAAGACUUGGCUGAUGUGGCUUCAUUGCCAAGGCUGGAGAGUCUGGACAUCUCCAACACGUCAGUGACAGACAUCACAGCACUGCUCGCUUGUAAGGACCGUCUCAAGUCCCUGACCGUACACCACCUGAAGUGCUUGAAGAUGACCACCACCCAGAUCUUGGACGUGAUCAGAGAGCUCAAGCACCUGAACCACCUGGACAUUUCCGACGAUAAGCAGUUCACCUCUGACAUAGCUCUUCGUCUCCUGGAGCAGAAGGACAUUCUGCCAAAUCUCAUAUCUCUGGACAUUUCUGGGAGGAAGCACGUCACUGACAAAGCUGUGGAAGCCUUUAUCCAGCAGCGGCCUACUAUGCAGUUUGUCGGCUUGUUGGCCACAGAUGCCGGCUAUUCGGAAUUCCUCACUGGCGAAGGCCAUUUGAAGGUAUCAGGAGAAGCUAAUGAGACUCAGAUUUCAGAAGCAUUGAAGCGAUACAGUGAGAGGGCCUUCUUUGUCCGGGAAGCCCUCUUUCAUCUCUUCAGCCUGACUCAUGUCAUGGAAAAAACAAAGCCUGAGAUAUUGAAGCUGGUGGUUAUUGGCAUGAGGAACCACCCCAUGAACUUGCCAGUCCAGCUAGCAGCGAGCGCAUGUGUGUUUAACUUGACCAAACAGGACUUAGCCGUGGGAAUGCCUGUGCGGCUCCUGGCAGACGUGACCCACCUGCUGCUCAAAGCCAUGGAGCACUUUCCCAAUCACCAGCAGCUACAGAAAAACUGCCUUCUUUCACUGUGCAGUGACCGGAUCCUUCAAGACGUUCCAUUUGACAGGUUCGAAGCUGCCAAACUUGUCAUGCAGUGGCUCUGUAAUCAUGAAGACCAGAACAUGCAGAGGAUGGCCGUAGCAAUCAUCUCCAUCCUCGCUGCAAAGCUUUCUACGGAACAGACUGCCCAGUUGGGAGCUGAGCUCUUCAUCGUCAGGCAACUUCUCCAGAUAGUGAAGCAAAAAACCAGCCAGAACUCCGUGGACACAACCCUCAAGUUCACCCUGAGCGCCCUUUGGAAUCUCACGGAUGAGUCCCCAACAACCUGCAAACACUUUAUAGAAAACCAGGGUCUUGAGCUCUUCAUGAGGGUGCUGGAGUCCUUCCCAACAGAGUCCUCCAUUCAGCAGAAAGUCCUUGGCCUUUUGAACAACAUAGCUGAAGUCAAAGAAUUACAUUCUGAGCUGAUGUGGAAGGACUUUAUAGACCAUAUCAGUAAACUCCUGCACAGCGUUGAGGUUGAAGUCAGUUACUUCGCAGCAGGAAUUAUUGCCCAUUUGAUAUCCAGAGGUGAACAGGCCUGGACAUUGAGCCGCACCCAAAGAAAUGCUCUCCUCGAUGAUCUGCAUUCGGCCAUUUUGAAAUGGCCAACACCGGACUGUGAGAUGGUGGCAUACAGGUCUUUUAAUCCGUUUUUCCCAUUGCUCGGCUGUUUUACGACCCCUGGUGUGCAGUUGUGGGCGGUAUGGGCCAUGCAGCACGUCUGCAGCAAGAACCCGGCUCGGUACUGCAGCAUGCUCAUUGAAGAAGGUGGGCUGCAGCAUCUCUACAACAUCAAGGAGCAGGACCAGACUGACCCCCACGUUCAGCAGAUCGCCAUCGCCAUCCUGGACAGCUUGGAAAAACACAUUGUCCGCCAUGGGCGACCGCCUCCGGGGAAGAAGCAGCCCCAGGCCAAGCUCCAUUGAGAGCCAAAGGUCAAGGGCCCAUGGAAGGCCUGGCACUGUGGUUGUGUUCCCUCCUCUGCACGUUAGUCAGGAGGCCUACUGCAGUGAGGAGCCUUGGCACCUUAUUGCUGCAGGAUUAUUUAUUAGUGGACGUGGACAGUGAUGCCCAUUCAAGCAAUUCUUUAAUUCCUCUUGUGAUUUUUUUAAUUUAAGGCAAAAAGAGAGAAGGACCCCGUGCAACCUUCUCUGAUGCCAUUUAGAGACCUUUCCACAUAAUUCCUUUGGUGUGUGAAUAUACCUGUGCUUGUGAGAUUGUGCAUCAUUAGGACAAACUUCAGUGCACGAGCCCACUGCAAAGAUGGGUCUACAUUGAGGAGAUCUGCAAAAUUUUCCCAAGCCAGUUGGUGCUUGAUGGGAUAGGUGGUCUGCUUUCUCUGCCUGGCACAGCUCCUGCCUUUGAUGCUCUGGCCCCUCCAUACUCCCAAGCCAUCCCUUGAGAAGGAGCACGUGAGUGGCAGCAUAGCACUUGGAUUCUGUGUCUCACCUGGUGGAGGCCCUCUGCCAGGCUAUAAAGCUGGUGGGGAACGACAAGGCGAAGAGCUUCAGGCUAUUGAUGGAAGAGAGGUCUUGGGCAAGUGGCCUCUGUCCUGAAGCCUUCACUUGCAUGACCUCUCUUUCUGAGACUUUCCUGAUGCAGCAACCAAGCAUGUGUGUUCUCUCUUUAUCCUGGGAAGGCUGCUCAGCUGUUUUUCUUGUAAAAGUUUUUGAUACCUGACCCCCUUCCCUCCUUAAGAAUCUUUCGGACUUUUUUUUGUGAAAUAUCCUAAGAUCCCCUUUUUUUGAAAAUCACAGUUGUUGUGGAGGUUCCCUGUAUACAUCACCACCACCAUCCCCAUGACCCCCAGCCAUUUCUUUUCUAUUUCAUGUCUUUCUGUGUCCAGGGAACUCAAGGUUGCACCACACAUUCCCCUGCCCCGUUGGGAGUAAUGCUGGCAGUGAUGGGCCCUGGGGUCCUGAAGUGCAAGGCCCUUGGUUGCCUCUGUUUUUGUUCUGAUGUCUUGUCCCUGUCUUACUGCCAGAGGAGGAAAAGACAGCCAAGGAAGGAAAAUUUGGCAAUUGCUUGGCAUCUAGUACCAUCAUCAGUGUAUUCAGGAAAAUCUCUCUUGAUUGGCAACCAAUCACCUAAAAAGUCACUUGUUCUAGGAUUUUGCACUACACACAAGUGUCAUUAUGUUCCCAGUGGGGCCUUCUUAGAGCACUGGGGGACCAGCACUUGUCAGACUCCCCAAGGAGGAGAUGCUGUGUUGUUUUAUUACAGAUCCAGGUCUGUGGGAAAGACAGAAUCCAUCUUUCCUUUACAGCAUGGCUCUUGUUUCCCUGGAACAGCCAGAGUUUUAAAGUGAGAUCUGAGUUGGUGUGUUGAAGGUAGCUAGGGCCUAGGGGUGUUUGUAAGACUGCUCAUUUCCUAAAGAAAUGUCUCUUUUUUUAAUGCAAUUAUCUUACUGGCAUGCGGUUAACAUCUUGGUUUGGUCUCAUUUCAAAUGACCGUAAGAAUAAUUCAACUUUAAUUUCGAAGUCUGCUUGGUUAGAAUGAAAAUUGAAUCCAGCUAAAGGAAGAAAAUGAGUAAAUUCAUGGUGGUUAGAGUUUAUUUUGUUUGAGCUCUGGACUUCUGACCCCGUAGGCUGAGAAAUCUUGUAGACUUGGCCCAUCGUCACAAGUCAAAUCUACUUCAGAGGGAUAUAGCAGACUUUUUUUUAAGGGGAAGAAAACCUGAUGUCAUGUUCAUAUAAAAUUGAAUUUAAUUUCAAUUUUUCCUUUUGGAUUAUUUUAACUUGUUUUUAAAACGUCACUAACUGUACAAUGUGACAUGUUGGCAGGAUAAUGCAUAUACUUGGCCAAUCAGAGCUGAACUGAAGACCAGGGACAAUUGUCACCAGCCUCAAAGCUCCAUCUGUGCAUCUGCUACUUCCAGCCUGAGCACCCAAGGGGAUGGGCAAAGAGAUCUGUGAGGAAUUGGCAUUCCCCUUCUGUUCUACCCCAUACAGGAUGAAAGCACAUGUGCUGAUCACAUGGAGAGGUCAUGAAGUCACUGAAAAUGUCUAGAAGAUGGAAAGUUUCCAUUACGGUACAGGCCAGAUGAGCUGCCCAGUGGAAACCAAGCAGCUGCUCUCUUAGCUUGAUUAUUUAAAGUUUGAUUUAACCUUAAUCCCCACCCCACCCCUCCUCAGCAAUGGGCAGAACCAUUGGAGGAGGAGCCCCACAGCAGUUGGCACUUGCCCCAUUUGUGUUUACAAAUGCUAGUGCCUUUCUUUCCCAGAUGCUUCUUAGUGGGGUGCUAGAGCACAUGGAGGUACCAGACUGUGUGGGUUAGACUCUAGAUCCAGCUGGGCUGUGAUUGAUAUAGGGAAACAGUGUCUAUGGAGCCACAUGGGGAAUGCCCUGGCCCUCCCUGUGGCAAAGCUUUGUACUUUCCAAUAAUAGAGCACUGGAAUGGUUUCGACAUUUGUUGCCUUCCACAGUUCCCCCUCCUAUGGCUAGGAGUACUGGGUCAAGCACAAAGUGGAUGACAGUGGAACCACUCCCAGCAUCAGUGCACUCAAAAGAAUACAUCACUCGGGAUAGCAAUGCUAUGAAAACUGUGCUAAGGGAAAGGGGUAAACCUUCUGAGAGCCCAGCAGGCACCAGGACUGCAGAGCUUCCCUUCGGAGCCAUACUUGCUUGUCAGGCCCGAGGAUGGCCAGAAUUAGUAGCUACCUUUCCCUAUCCCUACGUAGGUUGAGCUGUGAUUUUGACACUACAUAAAAGCACCCUUGGUUUGUGCAAUGAACAAGACUAAGAAGUAUUGGGUAGGCCUCUUGGCUUCUCCAGCCAAGUCGUCAGUGAUUCUGACCUGUAGGAGUUGAAGGCUUGCUCAGUCUCCUGGUUGUGUUUCUGAAUUUAAGAAUGUCGGCCCCAUCACUCCAAGGCUGUGCUCUAGGACAUGGAAGCUGUUGUGGUUCGGAAUGACUGUCUGGGAUACAGGGGUGCGGAUGGCCCAAGAGUGGUGGGCCGUGAUCGCAGGAGAAGGUUGUUUAUAGGGGUCCCUUCUUUGUGAAAUUUACUGAGAGGCCCUGAUAAGGUAGGGUGAGUUUUAGGGAAAUUGCUGCUGUUGAUGGAAAAUCUGGGGCCGGCCAGUCUGUGACCUAAGCUAACCCAUCUCCAUUGGAAGCUGUUCCGGGAUUCAGUUAGGAGCAAGCCCUUCAGGUCACGUGCUGAGGUGAGAGGGCCAAGAACGGGCCAGCCGGGUACCAGCACUGGUCCGCCAGUCUCCAGAGUCUGGGAGAGGAGAUGACUUCCCAUGUCGGCCUUCCUCUUCCCUUCCUGCUACUGGCGAUCACCACCUCGGACAAGGACAGGCAUACUACAGUUUGGUCUUCGGAUGCUCUCGUUUCUCAGCAGCCUGAAGCUGCCCAAAGGACUUGAGGUCCUGGUGGGAUCUGCAGGAAAUGCUGGCUCAUUGCUUCUUGCCUCCUUUGGCUGGGAUUCCCCACUUCUCUCUCCUCUUCCCACUCAAUCUGAAGAGAACCCAGCAGAAAGCUAGAAAGUGUUUGCCUCUGGCUUUGGGGUUCUCGUGCCACAUUGGAGUGGAUGCCCUGCAACCUUUGACUUGAAGCUAAUGGUCCUGGCCAAGCUGCAGCAGCUCGGCUUAAGCCCGGAGCAGACAGAACCAGAGCCAUUUCGCCAUCUGCUAGGAGCUGGCAGGGUGGGCUUGGGUCGCGAUGAGGCUCUGCCUCCCACUCAGACUGGGGUGUGGGAGAACAGAGUGUAUGUGCUGAAUGUUGGACAAACCUCGACUGUAGGCCCCGCCUUCAAAGGAUGAUGUGUAUGUUGAACCCACGAGGGAGAGUUCAUCGAGUGGCCUUUACGUGAAUCAUUGAUGUACUUUGUUUUUGUAAUUGCACAGGAGCUGUGUGUUUGGAGAUGUUCUAGGGUGGUUAGAGUUCUAAAUGGGCCACUUUGCCCCACCCUUGCCCCAAGCCUGCUGGAAGGGAGCCGAGGGGCAAGUUGGACUUCUUUCUUUGCUGUGUGUUUGCUUGAAGUGGGUACUCGUGCUACCCCGGCUAGAAGUCUCAAAGUCACUUUAUGGGAAAUCAUGGAGACCUUGAGGUUUGAUCAGGUAGUUGCAGGUGUUCUCUUUGGGAAUCGCUUGUGCAAAAUUAUACUUUGGCUCCUUUGGGGGUGCAUUUAGAUUAGCCAAGAAACCAAUAAAUGUGGGCUUUUGCAGGAUUAAGAGUUUAGGAGCAUUUUUUUUAAAAGAGGGAGAUAAGCCCAGAUCAUCCAAUUGGCCAGGAUAAAUUAAAGCUGCAUCUGACAUUUUCAGGAGUUCCCUGAGCUUUCUGAUUUAUGGUCUACUCUUGUUUUGGGUUUUUGCUCCACUCAGCUUCUUUUGUAACUUUUUCCAAAUCCGUCGGAAAGCAUAAUGUUGGUCUUUUUUUUCCUCCCAAAGGUUCUCAAUGAUCUGGCCUCAAUGCACUGUUACCACUGUGGCUGGAUAAGUGGGGAGUAGACUGUAUCUGGAUUGUACCACAUUUCUAACCAAUCCAUUUCUUGGCUGGUUAACAUUGUGUGAUCGGGGCAGGGUGGGGGGUGGGGGGUUGAGAAUGGGGUGUUUGGGUUUUGGCCUAAAAUAAAUGUUAUAAAUUUUGUGUA